AUGCCAUGGCGCCCUCUGCCUCGAAUCGCCGUUGCCGUCGCAAUCUAUCCUUUCGCCGCAUCCUUUCCAUCAGACCUACCAUUGGAAAUAGGAGAUGACCUUUACAUCAUUGAGCAAGGCGGAAAAGAUGAGUCGUGGUACAGAGGUUAUCUUGUUGCGCCGCCCUCGCUGCUCGCAGGCUUGACCAGUGGAAAGGGGAAGACUUUGGAGGCUCGAGUAUUUUCUGGCAUAUUUCCGAGACGAUGUGUCGAAAUACGGGAACACCUUGGCGAUGCGAGUACAGAAGGCUUGACGCUCGAUCUGUCAAUUGGUGGGGAAUCUCCGAGAGUCAACCAAACCAAUGGCGACACCCCCGGCUCCCGAAGCCCAUCAGUGCAACGCAACUUGAUGCACCCAAAGGCGAGCGGCAAGAAAAUCGAAAGAGGAGAUGAGGAUACACAUAGCGAUCUCAGUGGCAUUGGAGGCGUCCAUCUUCCAAAUGGGAAAGAAAGUACCGCAGCACACAACCUCUCACGAACGUUGUCGCUACAUUCCAUUCGCAGCGCAAAUUUUAGAAACUCUCCGGAUCCCUUCCUACCAACUGUUGAUGCUCAGCGCGAUCCCUCCGGAAAGAGACCACAGGCACCUGUACCAAUGCUCAAGAUCGGAGAUGAAACCCCUACAUCGACCACUGAGCCACUUGUAGACGAAAUAGCCUCAUGUCUUCGUGAAUGGCAUUCUACAAAUCUGCACGAGCUACUACUGGCAAGGCAAUAUCCUGCUCUGGACAAAAUCUCUUCCCUGGUUAAAAAAUUUGAUAUCGCAAGGAGGCAGCUACUAUAUGGUGUCCUGACAGCUCGAGAGCUUGUCAAACUUCGAGAAGAUACGGUCUGGCAUCUCGUCAACGGUAACAAGCUACUUAGUGACGAGGUGAUCGUUCGGGACCCAAAAGAAAAUGGUCGUUUACUGACGACCGAUGAUUCCCCCUUUGGGAUGUCAAAAUUACAAUCCAGCAUGAGCUUACUAGAGCGUCCUCCUCCCCAGCAAGCAGAGUCUUUGAGCCUACACCAUCUGCUGGUAGAAUUGAAGAGCUUUGUGGCCAAAGGGUUACACACCCCUACUCUGACGCUUUACCUUUGCAAUCGGCAAAUAGGCGGAAAGCUCAGCUCGUUGACUGAAGUUUUCGCCAUUGAACGGCCUUUCGAGGCUUCUGAGUCGGAGGAUCUGACCAGCAGGAUACGCACUCUCUUUCCCAACUUGACGUCGGGCGACAUUGGUGACGCAUCACAGCCUGAGGUAGAAAUUUACCUCGUGGUGAGGGUCCGGGCAAGUGAGCCAAUUCAAAGCGUUGUUCCUAGCUCCCGCCAGAGUAGACAGAAUGACGAUGACACUAGAUUACGACCUAAUACAGGAAAUGCAGGUUUGACUGCAUUGAAGACUGGUCGACAAAGUAGUAUAGCCUGGGCGCAAAAGUCAUUUGGUAGCGUUCGCAGCAAAAGCCAUGAAUCAAGACCUAGCCUUGUGUCAGGUACCAGUGACUCACUGUCUAGCCCGGCAGUCGAAAAUGCCAAUCCUUUGUCGCAGGAGAAUUUGCAGCCCAUAACGCAACCGAGCAACCAGUAUGUGCGACGUAAUCUUGGCGUGGGUGUGGUGAAUCUCAAGAAUAUAUUUCAACAGUCCUCCUCUUCUGAGCAUAUCAUACCCAUAUGGACGCCUGCCCGGUCAUUUUCAGAAGAUCCAGGCGCUGCGAAAGGGCAAUGGGAGGAGGUCGUCCGUGACUUGAUUCCCUCCAAAAGCGGAAUGUACGCCAGAGUUAAAGGCAUCGAGCAAAUAAGCCUGAGCCUUGAAUCGCUCCACGAACCAAACCUUGAGGAUCUUGCCAACAAAGCCCCAACUCUACUACAGAAUAUCCCUCAGACACAGAAGAUAGACUUCGCAGGAGCGCCGAAACAACCUCGCUCCGAUAUUUAUGUGACAAUAAAAGAAGCGUGCCUCCCGCAUUCAGCCCUCUUGUCGCAUCCGGAAAGGGGCACUGUACAGUUGCCGUCGAAUUUGGACCUCAAAAAUAUUCAAUUGACACUUGAAGUCAGGAAGCGGUCAGGCGCGCGGAUCGAAGAUUGCAUCGUCCCAGGUUCUGAUAGCUCACCGCUAAAAGCCUGGCGAAGCACUGCUGUGGAGCGUGACGAGCCUUGGAACCAGAUGAUUAGGCUCAGUAUCCCAGUAGAAGAUGUCCCAGAAGCUCAUCUCAUCAUGAGCGUAGCGGAUGCUCCAGGCUUUCCUUUUGCUCUUGCCUGGAUGCCGCUCUGGACCGAGAGUGCCUUUAUGAAAGAUGGUACACACGCGCCGUUACUUUAUCUCUACGAUAAAGCUACGUCAAGCAAUGAGCAUGGGCGUGGGGCAUAUCUGAAUUUUCCUUGGAGCUCGAGGGGCCCUUAUGGUGACGAAAAGGAUGAAAAUGUGACCGGACCCGUCGCAAGUCUCAAGGUGGAGACGAAAUUGUGUAGUACUUUCUUUUCCCAGGACAAGACGUUGCUUGGCAUUCUGAACUGGCGCCUUCAGUCAAAGGUUCAGACGUUGGGCUUGGUCAAACGCAUUUCUUUUGUACCUGAGAUCGAAAUUGUCAAACUGAUAGGUGACGUGCUUGAUGCCUUAUUUAGCAUUCUUGUCAACAGUGCUGGAGAUGAAGAGCAUGAAGACGCUGCCUUUGCGGCACUUGUGAUAACAUUAGGCAUCGUGUACGACCGCAGGUUCAACCUAGAACCGUACGUGGACGAGUAUGCUGAGACCAGAUUCGAUCACCCCUACGCUGCACCAUGUCUUAUCAGGGCUUACAACCGUCUGCUUACUGAUCAUUUGGACUCACAAAGAUCGAGAAGAGUUCGCGCUGCUUUCAAGGUUGGACGACACCUCAUCAAAUUCAUACUAUGCGCACGGACUCAGCAACAGGCGAAAGAAGCUGGAAUUGGAGCGACCACGCUUUCAGCGUUCAAGCGAGACCUCAAAGGCAUUUUUAUCUCUUUUGAAGGUGUGGUCAAAGAUCCGUCUCCCGCGCUCAUCGGCAACAAAGCCCUCAUCGUUCAACAUAUCCCUACAUGGUUACCUGAGCUCAAGUCUGUCUUCUCGGAAGAGGAGAUCCUUCAAUUGGCGUGCAACUUUGUUGAGGCAUGCAGAGAGGUUCAGGGCCAAUUGAUAAUGUAUAAGCUUGUUCUUGUCUUGAAGCUUCUCGACAUCACACUAUUCUCCCAGGAACACGUGCGUAGCCGUAUUGUGUCAAACACAUUCAAAUGGCUUGAUCCUUACUGGGGGUUUUGCGAAGAGGCAUCACAACAAUAUCGCGAACAGGUCCGGCUUUGUUGCUCGAUUGUCAGUAGACAAGCUGUCGAAUCUGGAUUUGAUGGACAGCGGUACCUUGAAAAGAUAUUGCAGACAUACUCGACCUUAGCAGCCCUUGAGUCAAACAAUCAUGGUACUUUCUCCCCUUUAUUUCCACUCACCUACCCAUUUCCAGCCAAGACCGUCAUAAGUGGCAGCCAGUUCGACGAAGCGAUGAUAGAGCUCGCCGCUCUGAUUGCUAGCCUCACUAAUCAAAUGUUCACCGACUCGGCUGAUGCAUCUGCAACGGAGAUGGCCGGCCUAACAAGCCACAUUCUGAAUGUCGUAACUUCCAUCCUCUCGAACAAGGCUUUCCCAAAAUCGUGGCUCAGUCUUCACGUGUACCACCAUAAGUCUAUGCUCCAAGUCCUUGAGACAACAUUCAACGUGAUGGAGACUAAAUUAGUGCCGUCUCCAGAGGAAGCUGAUACUUUCAAUACGGAUCUCUGGAACAGCUACCUAAAAACUCUCUUACUUCUUGUUCGAAGUGACACGCUCGCGCUUGAGACGUUCCCAGAACAAAAGCGACGAGCUGUAUGGAAGAUUGCGGGUGAUGUACGUGAGCAAGGUUCAGCAUUACUCAAACGCAGCUGGGAGGCCAUUGGAUGGGACACAGGACCAGAAGACCACAAGCGUUAUGGGCUCUCACAUUUGGGUGGGUUUCAAGUGCAAUACGUGCCUGGCCUAGUGUCUCCAAUUGUUGAGCUAUGCCUUAGCGUGCAUCAAGGUCUCAGAGGUGUCGCAGUGAGGAUCAUACAGUCUAUGGUCAUCAGCGAGUGGACCUUGAAUGAGGACCUGGGUGUGGUUCAAGCCGAGAUCAUAGAGUCCCUCGACAAUCUAUAUAAGUCAAGAGACGUCAGCAAUACCCUCGUUGCAAAGAUGUUUGUCAAUGAGUUUUUGGACGCGUUCCAAGAGUUGACGCGCAUGCCUCUUGACCCUUUGUGGCAAGCGAUCCGGGACAUGGUGUCAAUUAUCGACGAGCUUCUUGAACUUCUUGCGGCUGUGCACAGCGGCGGCACGGACGACUCGAUGAAAACAAUGGAUACAUUGCUGCUGAUGAAUUUUUACAAGGACAUGCAAAAGGAAGACAUUUUCAUCCGCUACGUCCAUCAACUAGCCGAUAUGCAGAAGGAGCUAGGCAAUAAAACUGAAGCGGGUCUGGCUCUUCAACUCCAUGCUGAUCUAUAUACAUGGGAGUCAACCAAGGUGAGGUCAUUGGAAGGUCCAUCUUAUCCCGAACAAUCAUCUUUCGAGCGCAAAGAGCAACUAAAUUUUGAGAUGAUUAGAUGUUUUGAAGAGGGUUCAGCAUGGGAUUGCGCACUAGCUAGCUACCGUGAAUUGGCGACUCAGUAUGAGCAUGUGUACUUCGAAUUCGCAAAAUUGGCUAGAACCCAGCGAGCCAUGGCCACGAUAUAUGAGACCGUAGGCAAAGGGGAUUGGUCUCCACCGCGCUACUUCAGGGUGAUCUUUCUGGGACUCGGCUUCCAACCCAAUCUCCGUGAUCGACAGUACAUCUACCAGGCUGAAGCACAGGAAAAGCAAUCAAUGUUCACUGACCGGAUGCGCCAAUCGCAUCCUUCAGCACAGAUACUUCUGAAAAGCGAGCCUGAAGACAUGGAAGGUCAAUAUCUGCAAGUCCAGCCAGUCAGUAUACAUCGCGACCUCGAGCUUUCGAUUUACCAGCAGUCAAAGGUUGCUCAAUCUACAAGAGAAUACGUGACUUCGUCGAGUCCUUACCGCUUUGCUGUAACCUCAAAGCGCCAUUCGCCGAUUUCAGGCGUGCAGGACCAGUGGAUAGAGAAGACCAUUUACACCACAAAAGAGACGUUUCCAACAAUUCUGCGCCGGUCUGAGAUCGUCGCCAUUAAUACCGUCCAGCUAACGCCACUGCAAACCGCCGUUGAGAGAACCUCGCGGAAGACUGCCGAACUCGCCACCUUUGAAAAGCGAGUCAUCUCGGGUGAUGAAGCAGGAUUCUCCAAUAUGACCGAAGCGAUCAUUUCAUCGGUCGAUCCCAACUCAGUCGCCACAGUAGCUCAGUACCGCCAGCUACUGGAUCCUGUAGAGCCCGUCGAAGAGGAGGAGAUCUCAGAACCGCAACCACAAUCACCCAUGCAGAACGCCUUACAAAUUGCCCUCCUGGAUCACGUCUCCAUGCUCAAACAUUGCCUAAGCCUCUACACCGGCCCGCUCCACACUGGUACACACUCCUCCCUCUCCUCAAAUCUCCACCAUACCUUCGCCCCCGAAAUCGCCCUUCUCCAACCUCCAAUCCAGCCACAGGCAGAGCCCGAGCUCCAGGACCUCCUCUCUACGCCACCACCAUCCACCAACCUCAGUCCAGGCCUCUCCUCCUUCGAAACCUCCAGACCACUCACGAACGGAUCUUCCGCGCCACCCCCAGACAGUCUAUCCCCCACCACCCGGCCCACUGUUCCCAAAUCCCGCAUCAGCUUCAACGCACUCAAAAACAGUCUGCAAAGCUCCACUCAAAACAAGCAACCCAACGGCUCUGUCUCUGCACCCUCAGAAGGCGAUUCUUCGUCACGCAGCCACAGCCAUAGCACAGCGCAAGUCACGCCCUUAGGUUCAACGACGAGCUCGACGCCGUUUCUGACGAAUGGUAGUGGAGGGAGUGUGGGGGUUGCGGGCGGGGCGCUGUCGCCUGCGCGGAAAGAGGUACCGAGGCCGCCGACGAGUCAGUCUUCAAGAAGCAGUGGCACGCCUAGUAAGAUGAAGAAAAGGCUGAGUAUGUUGGGGAUUACGAGGAUGGGAAGUCAGUUUGGUAGGGGUGGGGGAAAGGUUAACGGGAUGAGCGCUUUGGGAGAGGAGUGA